UCCGCCUAUUUCACAUGUAUGUCCGGAUUUUCGUUGACCUGCGGAUGGCACCACUGUCUUUGACAUUUCCCUCCGUCAUUCAAAUUUUCGUUGAUGGCCGCGCACCCGGCACUCGUCUUCGCGUUUAGUGUUUACUUCUCGUUUUUCGCCUUCAAUCGGAACGUGAUCGUCUCGAAUAUACCGUAAAUAUCUCUACCCGAGAGGACAGUCUUUCGCGCUGAACGCGAUGUGGUCAAACGAGUUACAUCUGGCGCUGAAAAAUGUCGUGGAAAUUCAACAUCAGGAGCUGCCGGAACGAAGAGGCAACAGCAGCAGUGACAGUUCGCUGGAAGAAGCGGCGAAUGCCCCGCAAGGAAGUAUUGGAGGAUUCCUGAAGGAAGGAUCCCUGGGCUGGAUCGCCAGAGGAUCGAUGUUUACCGUGUUCAGUACCAAAAGCGGGGCGAAGCUUUUGUCCCACAAUUUUGACCAAGAUUCCAAGACACGAAAUUGUGUAAUAUGCAGUGCGGAGGAAAUGCCACUAGAGGAGACCAACUGCUGCGUGGUGGCCGUGGCAGUUCAGCUGGAGAAUGAUACGGGUAUCGUUGUAGUUCUGGUCGUGCAAGGAUCUCGGCUUUUGGGACGCAUCGACAUAAACGAGAAACUGUCCUGUUUGCGACCGGUGAGCAGGUUAUCGUACAGCAGGGGUCGGUUGGCGGAGUUCAGUGGCUGUCUCGCAGUUGGCACCGCUAGUGGAAAGGUGCUGCUCAUAGAUGCCUGUCUGAAAUUUGAGGAUAACCCUGUUUUCGGUCGGCGUUUGGUGAUGAACAAGCUGGAAAGAAAUCAAUGCCACAUCGAGUUCUCCAGCACAGAUACUGAACAGAUUACAGCGAGUCAUGCGUUAAUCAAAACCCGAGACGUGUAUUUCGGCUUACAGUUGGACACGCUGGAGGAAGAAGACAGUCCCGUAAUCAGUCUGCUUGAUCUUCCUGCUUUGAUGGCAAUAGCUGUUGGCUAUGCAGAUGGUCGGAUGGUUAUAUACGAUUUACUGGAACUAACAGUCAUUCACGUCGCACACCCGCCAGUAGAAGAUUCUCCAGUGAUAAGCAUGAAUCUGAUAGAACCCACCAAUGAUCCCAAAGCUUGCGUUUAUAUAUGGGCAUUCCACGCCGGCGAAGAUGGAGCAUUUGCCAUCAUGCAUACGUUAAUGUACGAGGAGAAAUAUGUGGAACCACAUGGGCACGUGUACGAGGGAUUUAUUUCGUGCGGUCCACGCUUGACCAUACCAAGCAACGAUCCACGAAGCUUCCCACUUAGUGUGCAAUCAAUUAUGAAAACCGUGAGCCAAGAGGAGGAGGUCCUUACUCUCAGCGUGUUGAGUUGGGUGGGUUCCGAUAAGGCCACCAACAUCGUCGUGUUUGAUCUGAACCAGUGGUACAAAGCGGAGAUGCCACAUACGUGCGAUUGGCGCCAAGAUUUGAACCAUACGGUUGUGUUUAGCGUGAAGGAUUUUUCUGUAAAUGUAUGUUUAGUAACGGAUUCGCUUGUUCCGUUUAAUUCGAUUCAACGCCCGGAGGAACAUUUCUAUCCCAAUGCAUUGAGUUUUGACAUAAUCACACUGACAAAUGAUAAUUGCGCCCGAUACCAUUGGACCGGUUUGCAAAAUAAAAUAAUUGAACACUUCGAAAAGAGCGGCUCGGCGUGCAUCAUGGAUCCCGGGAAAAUUUACACCAUUAUGCUUCGGGCUGCCCUGAUGCCUCAGUUUGUGGACUUCAACUACGGUACGGAAGCACCUCUGGAUGUGCAGCGCGAAUAUCUUCUGUCAGUGGCGUUGGAAUACAAUUGCUACUCGUUGCUACAGGAGUGCGCCCUAAGUUGGGCCGAUGGUAGCCAUCUAGGGCAGGCACCGGAGGAAGGCGUGGCGCUCUCUACCCUAACCGAUUGGAUCUGGAGUCGCGCCAAAGCACUCAAGGAACUCAGCAACAGUAUGUGUGUUCCGCUGUUCGAUCUGUCCGGACGAAGGAUCGACUGUGGCACUCAGAAAACGUUGCUUCAUUGCUCACGUCAACUGCGACAGCUUUCGAAGCUUUACGAUGUCAUUUUUACACAGUGCAAGCAGUAUAUUCCAGAAAAAGUGUUCAAAAGCCUCAAAGCGCAAGGGAACUCUAUUCAACUCGCUGCCGACUACCAGGAAGUCGUGCAAUGGCUGCUAAAUGUGGGGCUUUUGCCCGAAGGAAACAUCGAUGGGGUAAAUCUGUCGGAUGAGUUUCUCCUGGUGCCAUUUCCUUACCAAGCGAUACGGUCUUACUAUGCCUCGCAGAGGACCAUGCUCAACGAUAAACAAGCGGACAGUAAACAAUCCGCAAGCGUGGAGGACCUCAGUUGUAAAUAUUUGUUCAUAGAUAAUUUCAUCGAGCGGGAAUUCCCGGACGAUGCGCUGAAGAAAAUGUGGAUCGAGAACAAUUCGACUGGUGUUUAUCCUCCGAAUUCGAUGCAAAAUUUACUCAGAACAUUGCUAGUGCCGAACGUCAAUACGGAGAUGAAGUAUGUCUUACUUUGCUACACGUUCAUGGACAUGACAGCGGUGUUGGGUGAAGGAAGGUAUGCGGGCAUAGUCCAGAAUUUAAUCAAAUUCCCAUCGGUGUUCAAACUGAGUUCAGCAUUGAUAAAACGUACUCAAGCCUUCUGGUUUUUGGAUCAUGGACACAUCGACGGCGCCAUCGAGGAAUUAUUGUCUCCAAUGUCCCAAAGCGAGCAAUUUCCUCACUGGCAGCGAGAAUUCCUCAUCUCUGCGUUGUUGCGAUAUGAUGCGUCGCAUUUGGCGCUCCGUGCAUUGCGGGUUCCUGGAAUGCCAAUAUCUCCAUUCCUUGAGCUGAGAACUCUGCUGGAAAACAAUCUCAUUUCGGAAGCAUUCAAGCUGCAACGAUCGAAGCACGAUAAAAAGCUUUUAAAGUGCUUCUUCGAGGGCACCCUGCGAUCAUCGAAUUACGAAGUGCUGCUGGAUCUGGCCAUGUCAGAAGAGGAAACUCGAAUACUGAGAGAGUACUUGACUUCCACUCAUCAACCGAUGGCCGACAAUGUACAUUUUAUCCAUCUGUUGCAGAAGUUGGAUUUUGUUGAAGCUGUGCACAUGGUAGAUAGGUUAGGCAGAAAACGCACCACGGAAUACAACUUGGAAGCGCCUAAAGAAGCACUGACUCUCUAUCAUGCGGCAUUGGAACCAACGACCCAACAUUUGUCCUACUUGGCAUACGCCGAACAGAAAGACCUUCGUCCAACGAAAGCACCAUAUGCUGAACCGCUUAGUUCUCGUUUGAUACGAAGUCGUGCUGAUUUCCGAAAUCGAAUCUACCACAAGUCGAUCCUAGCUAUCAAGGAAGCAGCGGCUCCAUUGGAUCAUCCACAACCGUUUUUGGAAAAGCCUGGUCUGGGUAUGUUCCAGUUUCAUGCACAAACUAAAAGCAGUAAAGUGUGUUACCCGGUGAAGCUAGUUUCGAAAGUUCCCAAGAGGAAACUGGACGAGGAUCACAUUUUUGAAUCUAAGCAAAAAUCGGCAGCACUUUUUCUCGAUUAUGAGAAACCUUCAAAACGUAGAAAAAUCGAAACGGAGAAUACUUAUAGCACGUCAUUUGUAGCGCCAAAGAGUGUACUCACAGAGUUUAGGCCCAUGAAGCCAUGGUUCAAGUUUAGCAGUCACGGCACUGACAGAUCUUCCAGCAAGUCGUUCAGCCGUUCUCCUUCAGCACAACUAACGACUCCUGUUGUGAAGAAGAUGUCUGCUUACAAUCCACCUUCGCCAGAAAGUGUUAGUUCUUACACGCCGCAUGGUAUUCUCAAGUCAACCGCCUCGGUUCAGAGUUUCUUCAAUCGGAAAAGUGUGUCUCCUACGCCCAUCAGUACACCUCCGACGCAUCGUGUUAGUGAUGCUGAAGAGAAAAUUCUAAGGUUUGACCUUCCGGAGUCCCCACAGGUGGAGAAAACCGAACCAAGCUUCGCAUUGUCAUCGCAACUCCAGAACGAGUCUCUGGUGUCGAACGACGAAUUCUUCUCACCUGAAGUUUCCGUUGCGACGUUGGAUGACGAGACUUGUCUGGAUAUCAAAAAGAGCUUAUCUGCUGGACCGAAAAGCCGCCGCUCAAUUCACAGUCGAUCGAGAUCGGUAACUCCCGUUGAGAACAAUAUUGCCAUUAUCAUUGAAGAUGUCGACGAUGACUCUUCCAGUAAACAGGCCGAUAGUCAACUGGACGAAUCCAUGGAAUCGGCGGAGAUGGGUCCAGAUGAACCUCAGACUCCUACGCUACCAGUGCUGCACUAUGGCUCCAAUGCCGGCAAAUCCUUGGAACGGAUGGUUUUGGAAGCAAACGCUCGUAAGGCUCUUGUCGCCGAAAUGGCCGUUGAAGCAACAGUAACGGAGGCUGAGAUGGAGUUGGAGGUACAAGUAGUAGAAGCGAAGCCGGAUAAUACCGUUGAACAACCCCGUAACGAACCAGUGCUGCCAGAAGCAACCGGUGACGCAGACUUGAAAGAAAUGUGCGUUGAGAUAGUAGAACAGGAUGGUGCAAACGAAGAAUCUUUCGCAUCUGCAGCAAGUGAAAGUGAGGUGGUUCCACAGUCGGAGCCCAUCGAGGAACCGGUAGUCGUGUUGGAUGAAGAAGAUGACGACGACGAAGUUCAGGAGGUCAAAGAUGUUCCUGAUGAAUCCGAUGAAGAAUCGCAUGGGGAAGAAGAGGAUUUAGAACUCGUCGUAGAGGAGGCGUCUGCUGAUGAGGACAUUGAAAUGGAAUCCGACGUCGAGGAAGUGAACGAAGAUGACGUUGAUAACAGUGAGGCAUCCGAUAGCUCAGCGGUUGAAGAGGUCAUCAAUAUUUCAAGUGGAUCUGAAAAUGCGGAUAAUACCAGUGGCAGUGAGAGUGAUGACGAAUCAUCGUCGUCAUCUUCGUCGAAUGACAAAGGCGAUGAUGCUGCGAAGCAGGCUUCAGCUGAACCAACUUGCCCCAGUGACCAAUCACCUGCUGAAAAUAGACAGUUGGCCGAUUUUUAUUCCGAUACAGUUCCGCAAUUUUUAAUGGACCCAGGAAAUGUGGAGCAAGAGACGAACAAUGAAGCAUCAAGCGAUGUUCAAGUUUCUACGACCACUUCGUCCACCUCCCAAACGGAUACCGAAGGUAGAGUACGUGAGCAGCCACCUCAAGGAGAAGCUUCUGUUCGGAACAGCGAUGAUGACGAAAACGACAGCAGCAAAGCCCAUCAUGCGGAAGAUUUGUCAGUGCAGCAAGAAGCUGCUGAGCAAGUUGAAGUACGCGAACAAACGCCAGAACCAUCAACGAGUAGAGCAAGAGACCUAUCCGUUCCUGUCGCAAAUGAGCGGCAAGAUCAACCGGCGGCUGGCGCUGAAAUCAAACUAGUCUCCCCCAAUAGGGAAGAAUCCUUCAAGCAUACGAAUGAAGAUAAGUUCCUUGGACCACCGAAAAAGGCUCACGAGGUCGAGGUUCCAGCCAUUAAUCUCUCCGUAAAGCCUGACGUUGCCCAUGAAGCCAACAGAAAGAACAGCAAGAGCGAUGAAAGCGACGACUCGGCAGCACUUAACUUAUCUACUGGACAGUCCGUUGAACGUCUCCAGCCUGACGAAGAGGUAUCUGAGUCUGAUACAGGUGAUGUCGAAGAAGCGGUUUCAGUGGAAGAGCAAGCAAGCAGCACACCGCAGCAACCUGUCGCAAAUGUUGAAGAUCCUGUUGAGGGUACCAGUUCCGGGACUAUAGUGGUAAAACCUUCUAAAGUUCACGGUGAACAGAAUGAACCUCAAGAAACCUUCAAUCUGGAAGAAAUUAAGAACGUGAACAAAGUAGAUACAAAGCAAAAUGCCGAAGCGUCACCGACAGUCCAAGAAAUCUCUAAUGAACCAUCAAAACCCUCUGGUAAUGAAGUAAGCACUCCGGUCAAGAGGACAAGAAGAUUAUCGACAAAUAGCGCUGAUGUUUCAACUCCCCGAAGUACGAUCAAGACGCGACGAAUGUCCGCCGCCGAACAACUCGAAGAUACGCCGUCCAAGCGUAUUACUAGAGCAUCGUCAGCCGCUCCCGAGGACAGAUCUCCCGAAACUCCUCUGGCAAAAUCCAAGAAACAUGCUUCGAUGUCAAACAUUGCCACACCUGAAGCGACUCUCACUCCCAGACGGUCCACAAGGGCUUCAUCAUUAGCUAGAGAAUUACUAACGAGUACACCGGCCCGCCGAACUCGUCGAACAUCCGAAACUUCAACGGAGUCCAAGCCUUUGUCGCCAGAAGAAGCUAACGACAGUAUUGUCGACGAUAACAAGUCGGAAAUUUCGAACGCCAGCGCAGGCAGCCGCAGAAACACUCGGCGUUCAAUGGCUGCUAGGAAAUUACCGCUCCAGCCAACAAUAUCCGAGGAAUCAACUGAAACUGCUUCUCCGAAAGCCUCGAAAUCCACAUCUGGGAAGAUUGAGGAGGAAUCGUUUGCAGAGUAUUCGACCAACCGCCGGCUUACUCGCCAUCAAUCGGCUGUCAUAGAGAAAUCACUGGAUAUGGUUCGUAAGCUGAAUACAUCAGCGGAGGAAGCGACCCAUUCGGUAUCACACGAAGAGGCGGACAGUGAAUCGGAAUCCGUUGUGUCCAACGCUAGUAAUGUUUCGAAAAGAUCCACGCGUUCCAAAGCGAGCCAGCAAUCGAAGGGUAAAGCAACAACUAGUGGGCGAAGCAAAGCAAAAACCACUGCCAGUGCCAGUGGACGCUCGACGAGAUCUUCGGCCUCGAAACGGGAUAAUAGCGACGCCGACAGUGUGGAUACCGAUGUUGCGGAAAGUCCUGCUAAAAAAUCAAAACUUGAACCGAUCGCAGAGGAGGAUGACGAAUCUGUCCCAAAAGGUCGACGGCGCGGAAAACCCAAAAAGGUUUAAAAAGGUUAGUUCGACCGUUCGGCUGCUUCAGUGGUAUGUCAACUAAUAUCAGAUUCAUAAUUCCGUACAUAAUUAGAUCUUUUUUGUUAAAAAUCAUUACGUUAUUUUUCGUGGUAUUCAUUGUGUAUCAGUCUUAGAUUAUAUGCGUUCAAAUAUAAAA